UAUUUACAGACAAUAGUAUCGACUUAAAUAAUUGUUCUGUUUUUCUUGGUUUUAAGAAGUUCGCUUUUACAAGUGAAAAGCGUUAAAGUAUAGCUAUAAAAGAGUCAUCUACUUUUAACUAUGCCAAACUUAAAGGAUAAAUCGCAUGCUGUCAAAGGAAAGUCACAUAAAUACCGAUCUAAAUCAUCUUCACGAUAUGCUGAUGUGGAUGGACGAAAAGUUAAUUUCGUUUCAAUACCAAACACCAUAAAGCUUAGCAUGUUGAAUAGCGGGCUUCUAUCGUUUGAAAAAAUCAGACUGGAGGCGAGAGAUGAAAACAACUCUUUAUCAAAAACAAUACCACAUUUUCCAAUAAUUAAAUCGUAUUUUCUGAAACUGUGUGACUUGCGUCGAAAGUUUCCUGUGCUGUACAAAUUAGAGUUUCAAAUUGCGACCAGAGUAGAGACAAACAUGUGUAGACACGCUAUGAGGAAAAAUAAUCAUGAAAAAAACCAAAACCCGAAAUGUAUUCCUUAUGAUUACAACCGCGUCGUUCUUAAAAAGUCAUCUUUUGUUCGUGAUUCAGAUUAUAUUAAUGCAUCCUAUGUGGACAGUCUACUCAAACCAAAUGCUUAUAUUGUAUCCCAGGGGCCUGUGGAGGAAACUGUAAAUGAAUUCUGGCAAAUGGUUUGGCAAGAAAAUAUUAGUGCUAUCAUUAUGCUUACUAAAACGUUUGACUUCGCGAAAGUUAUGUGUGUUCAAUAUUGGCCUCCAAACAUGGAAGUACAUGAAACAUAUGGCGAUAUACACAUAAACAUUGUACGAGAAGAACAGCUAGCGAAUUUCCAUAUCAGAACAUUUCAUUUAUAUAAAGUUAAUGAAGCUAAGGAAAUUACAGACGAACGCCUUAUACUGCAGUUUCAUUAUACAGAAUGGUAUUCUCAUUCCUGUCCUUUUUCUAAUGCACUUUUAGAGUUUCGACGUCGAGUUCGCUUGGUUGUUGGAAAUAUAAUUAAAGGUGACGAUUUGAAAGGGCCGAUGUUAGUUCAUUGUAGUGAUGGAGGUGGUAGAUCCGGUGUCUAUUUGUCUAUUGAUGCAAAUCUUGAGCUGGCAGAGGAGGAGGAGUGUUUCAAUGUUUUUGGUUACCUGAAGAAAUUACGUCAGUCUAGAAAGGGUCUCGUAGAAAAUGUUGAACAAUAUAAAUUUAUAUACGACACUCUUGAGGAGCAUAUAAUAUGUGGGAAAACGUGGUUUCCUGUAUCCGAACUUUCUGAUCGCCUAAAAGUAAAAGCUCGCAGAAAUGCAUUAACCAAGAUGAACGAAUACCAAAUGGAAUAUGAGCAAAUUUGCAAACAGACACCUCGAUUUACGAUAGGAGAUUGCGCUGGAGGCCAUAGAGCUGAUAAUCGGGAUAAAAAUCGGGAUGUUUUAUGCGUGCCUCCUGAUAAUUUUAGACCGUAUUUAACAUCGUUUCAAGGAAACGCUUUUACCGACUAUAUAAAUUCUGUUUUUGUCGACGGAUAUACUAAACCACGAGAAUAUAUUGUUACGGAAUGGCCACUGAAACACACGUUAGGGGAAUUUUGGUCUCUCGUGUACGAUCAAGAAUGCUCUGUAGUUGUAGUGCUUUGUCAGCCUCCUUUAAAUUCACAGAACUUCCCUUCUUUUUGGCCACACAAGCUGAAAAUGGAAAAGUACGGACCGGUAUUCUCGGUACAUAGCGUUUCUUCAAAAAACUACACUAAUAUAAAGCAAUGGGAAUUUAAAAUUAAUAAGAAAAUUGUGUCUUUAACGGAAAUGAUGGCAGGUGUUAAAGCGCCUACGAAAACUGUUCAACUAUUUCAACUUACAUGUUGGCCUAUGGGGCAUAAAGUACCGACUUCCACUAACUCGCUUGUAUACCUUAUGAAUAUGGUUGAAGUUUGGAGACAAAAAGUAGAUUAUGGUCCAGUUUGUGUUGUCUCUCCAGAUGGUAGGAGUCGUGCGGGUGUAUACUGUGCAGCUAAUGCCUGCAUUGAACAAGUGAUUCAACAUGGAGAAGUUGAUGUUUUCCAGGCUGUAAAAACUGUUCGUCGACAUCGACCGCAGCUUAUUGAAAAUAUGACAGAAUACAAAUAUUGUUACGACUUGGUCCUGCAUUAUGUUCUUCAUUUUCUAAACAAAACUAAAUAAGUGACUCAUAAAUUGAUCAAAUAUUAAGCUUGGUUUGGUAAUUGUAUUAUUUUAAUAACAUAGUUAUACUAUAUAUAUAUUAUUAAUUGUAUUAAAGGUGUACAAAAAAAUUGAAUAUAUUACCCUUGAUAAGAAAAUUCGUGAGUUAUAUUUAUAGCACUUAUAAUACAAUAAAAUACAUUCCAUGCACAGACGAUAUACAAGUGGCCGAUACAAAUAAAAUAUUGGGCCUUAUCGUGAAUUGCGUGUGAGCAAAUGCAAAAAGUGCAAUACUAUACAAGAGAAAUUAUUCUCUGUUUUUUCUGUGUACUAAAAUUUUGGGAACGAUUUGAUCAUAUAGCAGUCUUCGAGUAGUACAAAAAUUUGAUAAAACCAAAUGUAUGAUUGUAUGCAAGGUUUGAAACAAAGAAAAACUAAAAAAUUACAACUACCUAGGAAAACGACUAAUGAAAUAGCCGGUAAAAAAGAAUCUGCUAUGGCAUGAAAGUUAGUGAACUACUCACGCGUCAGAAUAUAUCAAUUAAAUUAAGAAUACAACUUUGAAAUUCUCACGUAUGGUCGAAACUUUUAUAUUGAUGCGAAGUCUGGUGCUUCAGAAAAGUGAUAGCAAUAAACCACUGUUAAAUAGGGGCAUGCCACCAUUACUGUUAACAAUCAAACAAGGGGCAUGCGAAUGUACAUAAAAAAUUAUUUCGAACAUAUUACAAGAGGCAACAAAUGCGAAGGCGAAGAGUAAUUCACAAAAAAAGGCUUGGUUUGAAAACAUCCGAAAACAUACAGGUCUCAACACAAUUAACGAACUAACAAAACAGCGAGAAACGUACAUAAAUUCUAUGAUAUUGUAUCAGAAUAAGGAACUUCGCGAACCGACUAGCAAUUACGGCAAUACAGAGCGAAUGAGGUACUGAAACAAAAACAUGAGUUCGAUUGUUACUAGAUGGCGAGACAGGAGUUUCGCCGGAACGACCCGGAUUUACUAUAAUUCAUCCAAGGACUGUGACUCCAGCAGCAGCCCCAUACAUGUAUGGGGAGUGUUUUUGUU